AUGAACUUUCUAUCCAAGACAUUAAGUACUUUAACAGGUACUUCUAUCCCUUACACAUUCAAGGAAAAGAUAGAAAACCAAUCAGUAUGGACAUUGUAUGAUGGUGUCAAUCCCAAGGACAAUUCCAGUGUAACAAUUUUCGAAAUUAAUUUGAGAGAUCAAAAUAUUUUACAGUCGAAUUACGAUCAGUUAGCCAAAAACACUUUCAAGAAGCUGAAAUUGAUCAAAUUCCCAGAGUUGAUCAAUACUAUCGACUUCAUAGAAAACGAUAAUAAUCUUUAUAUAAUCACAGAACCUGUUGUACCAUUAUCAGUAUACUUGAAUUCACAUAAUAUUAAUAAUGACAGUAAAAUUUUGGGAUUGUAUAAUAUCGCCAACUCAUUGGAAUUUUUGAACUUGAAAUGUAAUUAUGUCCAUGGAAAUGUUAAUGUUAAUUCCAUUUAUGUUAACAAAGAAGGUGAUUGGAAAUUAUUUGGCUUUGAAUUCCUUACCAACUUACAAUCAGACCCUGAUCAACCUAUUUAUAGAUUUUCUAGAUACCUAGCAAUUUUCAAUAAUUCCUUACCUGAUGAUGUACUUAACCAAGGAAUUGACGUUAUAAGACCAUUUCCAAUAAAGUUUGAUUCAUAUUGUUUCGGAAAGUUGAUUGAGGUUUUGUUUGAUAACAGGAUUAAUGAUAAAUCUUUAAGCUCGCUCGUCAGAAGGUUGACCAAUCCUAAAAUCAAUUUAAGAAUAACUAUUGAUAAGUUUUUAGCUGACGGUGCUAGUAUUUUCAAGAACAACUUGUUGAUUGAGAUCACCAAUGACCUAAAGGAUUUGAAAUUCAAGAAUAAUGAUGAGAAAUUGAACUACUUCAAAUACAAUUUAGCCAACUAUUUUGACAGUGAUAGUCAUGUAGAAUUUCCACCAGGGUUUUUGGAGAAUAGAUUGUUACCAGAGUUGAUUUUACAAUACAGCAUCAUUGAAAAGUUCAAACCUAGUGUGAAUUCCACCAAUGAUGAUAUUAUCAAAAAUCAAGAGAGUUUAGCCAUACUAUUGAACUACAUCUUGAAGUUUGGAAAUUCUUUAGGAGCUGAUGAGUUCAACAAAUCUAUCAAGCCUAUCAUAUUCAAAACAUUUGCUUCAACAGAUAGAUCAAUAAGAUUGAUACUAUUAAAUCAUUUGAACAAUUUUGAGAGGAAUUUGAGUGAAUCAGACGUUCAGUCCAGGAUUUUUUACAACUUAAUUAGUGGAUUCCAGGACACAAACUUCAUGAUUAGGGAAACUACUCUCACUUCCAUCAAUUUGGUGAUUGAUAAAAUAUCUGUCAAACAGAUUAAUCAAGACUUGUUAAAAAUCUUAGCCAAGUCACAAAUGGAUCCCAAACCUUCUAUCAGGGUCAAUACACUUAUUUUGAUCAUUAAAAUACAAUCAAAGAUCUACAAUAAUUCCAAGAACAAUGUCUUAAUCACAGCUUUAUCUAAGUCGUUGAAAGAUACAUUCACCCCUUGUAAAAUGACUGCUCUUCAAGGAUUUGAAAAGUUGAUUACCGAAUUUUCCUUGGAAGAAAUAUGUACUAAGAUUUUGGGCCAAUUAGCAAUAUCUUUAAUGGAUAAACAAUCCGUGAAGGUGAGAAACCAAGCCAGGAAAGUAUUCCAAUUAUAUUUGGACGCUGUGGAAACUAAUGCAAAGAAUUUGCCAGUGGUGGAGGAAGAUGAGGAGUUAGAAGAAAAGGAAUUCUUCAAAAAGUUUGCUCCCAACGUCGAAUCCGAAGAGUCCAACGAUAUAAUUAAAGAAACCAACUCUAAUUCAGGGUUUUCAUUUGGCUGGAAUGUUGUGAACAAAUUGGUGUCUACUUCAGUGCUUGAAGGUCAAUUGAACAACGAUUUCAAUAAUUCAAAUGUCGAUUUAACAACAUCGGUCGAUCAAUUAUCUUUGGGCAAACCUAACCAAUCUUCGAUGGACAAUUCAAGCAAUGCCAAAUUGUCCAAUGUCAAUACUAAAGAAACUAAUGGUUGGGACGAUAAUUUCGACGAUGUGGAUGAUGGUUGGGGAAUGGAUGAGGUCAAAGAUGAAGUUGAGACCGACAAAAUAAUCAAGAAGCCAGUCACUCGGAAGGUUCAAGAUAGAGCAAAAAAACCAGGGGGCCUCAAACUUGGCAAGGAUAAGGAUAAGAAGCCAAUAUCGAACUUAAGACUUAAUUUGUCAGUUGAUGACGAUUCAUGGGGUGGCUCUGAUGAUUGGUGA